UGGGUGAGGGAUGCAAGUGAUGCAACUCCUGUGUGACUGAGAUGAGCAAAUCAUAUUGCUCCACCACACACAAUGAAAUUAGCAGGGCAGAAUUAAAAAGCAAACACUAUACAGACAAUGCAAAUAUGAAUAAGCAAUGGGAAACACACAUAUAAGAAAUGUAUUUUUAACUGAAAGUCUGGCCUAGAAUAAGGUACCUGCAAACCCUUAUAAGUCUGUUGAGUUCUCCAACUGGGCAGCCGGUGUGGCCCUCUACAUGAGUUUUAUGCUCCACCCUUGAAUUCUAUUUACAGCUUUGUAUGCCAUCAUAAUUGUAAAUAAAUCUGGGGCACUAUCUUUCAUUCGGACAUCCUGACCACGUGUUGGUUGCUUUGACAUGUGACAGAAACAACCCUAAGGUUUUAAAAAUGGAAGUCCUGGAUAAAGCAGUAAAUGGUUAUAUUGAUCACUUGCUUGGGCCAAAAGAUCCCAGAGUAAGGGGAUGGCUUCUCCUGGAUAACUACGUUCCUACCAUUCUCUUCACUGCCCUGUAUUUAUUUAUUGUGUGGAGAGGACCCAAGUAUAUGCAAAACAGACCGCCAGUUUCAUGCAGGGGCAUUCUAGUGGUGUAUAACUUGGGGCUCACCCUUCUCUCCCUCUACAUGUUUUAUGAGCUAGUGACUGGAGUAUGGGAAGGAGGUUACAACUUCUUCUGCCAAGAUACCAACAGUGGAGGUGAUGCUGACACAAAGAUAGUUCGGGUCCUGUGGUGGUACUACUUUUCUAAACUCAUUGAAUUUAUGGACACUUUCUUCUUUAUUCUGCGGAAGAACAACCACCAGAUCACUGUCCUGCAUGUCUACCACCACGCGUCCAUGCUCAACAUAUGGUGGUUUGUCAUGAACUGGGUUCCCUGCGGGCACUCCUACUUUGGUGCUACUCUCAACAGCUUUAUUCAUGUGUUGAUGUACUCCUACUAUGGACUCUCAGCUAUUCCUGCCAUGCGCCCAUAUCUGUGGUGGAAGAAAUAUAUCACACAGUGCCAGCUGACUCAGUUUGUCCUUACUAUGACUCAGACUACCUGUGCAAUGAUUUGGCCCUGUAAAUUCCCCAUGGGCUGGCUGUAUUUCCAGAACUGUUACAUGAUCUCCCUCAUCAUCCUGUUUGGCAAUUUCUACAUAAAGACCUACAACAAGAAGACCUCUUCCCGAAGGAAAGAAUACCAGAACGGAUCAGCCAGUGCAGUGAACGGACACACAAACAGCUUUUCUUCCUUAGAGGACAAUGUGAAGCAGCGUAAACAAAGACAGGAUUGAGAACCAAACGCAAUUCACCACUUAAAUACACCAGAGAAACAACAAUGUCAAUUGCAGAGAAAUCAUCUGGGCCCUGACGCCCACACAGCUACUGUAACUUUCCCUAAUAAAAAAAUAAUGUGAUUAAUGUAGGUUUUACAGUUCCUGCCAUAAUAGAAAUGAAAUAGAGACAUUAAAAUAGGCUAUCAAAACAGCAGCAGUUAAUGUUUAGAUGAAUACCUACCAGUCGUUUUCUGUCUCUUUACCAUCAAUUCAGAGUAAAAAAAAUUGACAUUUAUGUUCAAGGUUAAAACACCGGCAAAAAUAUAUUUUUGUUUAUGGCCAAAAAGGCAUUGGUUUGCCUUUUAAUAACAUUUUUUUAUGAUUAUAUUAUGUGCAAUGUAUAUUUGAAGUAUUCUGUUUUUGUCAGUAGGAAUACUGUUUUAUUUUUAAUAGUGUGGAAUCCCCAGUGAUAACCCAAGGGAUAUUACUUUCUGAAAGCAACUGAUUACCAUUAAUCAAGGAGUUCUUGUGAAUAGAUAUGGCCACUACGCAGGAAGCCAGCCAAUGCUACAUUGUGUGCAUGCAGAAGGGAUAGGUGUGCCCAUGCAGCAACAAGUUGUUACUUGUUUUGCCUGAUAGGUCUGACCAUGAAAAAAGUUUCUGGAGGAUUUGGAAAGUAAUAUACCAUUUACAUGUUGCAAGAAAUAGUAAUACAACUGCAAUGCAGGUAAUUAACAUAUGUCACAUGUCUAAAACUAAUUCUUUUAUGAGCUUCCUAAACAUUAACUGUUGCUUAAUCCCCCUUGGUGCCAGACAGGUCAGCAACGUGUAACACUGCAGCACCUCCUGACGCUGAAUAGGUCAAUGGUCCAGUGAUAUUUUAGUUCACGUUGCUCAUGCUGUAGACUGUGGAAGAAAAGUAUUAUUCUAGUUUAUAACACUGCUGUUGCCUUACUAGUUCAUAUUAUAGGUGCUGAAUAGCAAUUUAUGGUUUUCAACAACUGUAAUUUAUUUUCUAAUGCAGGGUUUAUCCAUCCGGCUGUAGCUGACAUCUGUAUAGUAUCAUUUCACUUAUUAAAGAAACAUGCCUUAAUAAUUCGAUAUGUAACAAGCAGGAGCCAAAUUUUCAUACAGGUUGGAAGGUAUCAUUGGACAGCACAACCUGAGGGCAGAUUUUCACUAUGACUGUUAAUGGUCCUGCAGGUAAAAGCAUUUGUUUUGUAAAAAUGUUGGUGCAUAAUUUAUCCGCCAAUGUUGGGAUUAACUUGAAACCUUCUCCUUAGGAUAUCUGACUUUUCUGUAUUGUCCAUAGUGUAUCUGUUAAAUGAUUGUUAGUGACUUGCACUCAAGCGAAGCUUAUAGCCUGCAACAUACAGGUAAAUUCAUCAAUGCGCACAAGGGCAUAGCAACAUGAGCCAAAAGUUAACAGUCGCAUUAUGGUUUGUUCUGUUUUACCUGCGCUGGACUGUCAUGCCACCAAAUCAGCAAGAGAAUCAAGCAGUGGAGGUGGGCAGAACAUCUAUAAUAAGCACUACUGCCCUCUCAAGAUUACUGAAGGUCCUGUAUCAUCCCCUGUGAAGACAUUAUCUUGGUUCUCAUUCCCAGCUGUAUAUGACAUCAGAUGUUGGUCUUUGUACAGUGAAUAGUGAGUUUUGAGCAUUUUUUUAAAUGAUCAAUAUUACGUUGACUGCAGGAAAGGAUAAUGACAUACUUCAGAACCACGUCACAAUCCUUGCCUUGAGUCUGUUUAACAAGCCAAGGGAGAAGCAUAUGUGUUUCUGUUUUCCUCUUGAGUUGCCACUGGCAAAACCAUUUACAUUGCACAUAGAAAAUGUGUCUGUUAAUAUAUUAAAAACUAAAAAUUACAGUA